AUGCCAAAGUCUGUACCUAGUCGCCAGGGGUCUGCACUGGCGGACAUAUACAAUUCCGGGUCUGCAAAGAUAAAGAAGAAGAUAAGAGACAUUGAAAGAUUGCUUAAAAAAGAUAACGUCCCCGCGAACAUCAGAAUUGACAAUGAACGUGCCCUCAAGGCGUUAAAAGUUGAAUUAGCAAACAAACAGCAGGAUCACAAGACGCAGAAAAUCGCCAAAAAGUACCAUAUGGUUCGUUUUUUCGAACGAAAAAAGGCGCUUCGCAAACUCAAACAGGCUCGCAAAGAGUUGCAAAAUGUGCUGGAAACUGGAGAACGUAAGGAUAUUAAAAAAGCCCGUAAGGUGGUUCGUCAUUGCGAGAUCGAUGUAGCAUACGUGGUUCUUUUUCCCAAAGCCGAAAAAUACAUUUCUUUGUAUCCCAAUCAUCAGCCAGAAAAGAACCCAGACACUGAAAAUGCAAAGAAAGGUUUGGAAAAGACAGAAAGUCGUCGUCGUGAGCUCCGCAAAAAAGUUGAAAAAUUGGUAGACGACAAGGCACUUCCAUUCUCUAUUGAUGACUUACUCGAAGGAAAGUCGGUGGAUGUCAAACACGACUUUGAAUCUGGCCAUAACCAAGAAAUUGAUGCUCCCGAAACUAAGAUACAAGAGGAAGAUGAUUUCUUCGAAUAA